AUGAUUAAAGAUGGUAUGAGAGGUGCAAGAGGUUCAUGUGUUUUAGAGAAUAUGAGAAAGGAUUUCGUAUGGUGGAGUAGUUUGCGAGAAAGAAGAAUUAGAGAUGAUUUUGGCUUUAGGGGAAGAGGCUUGAAUAUGAGAGUACGCGAGGAGGGUUUAUUUCCAAAGGGGGCUAAUGUGGGUAAUCAUCCAGCUUGCCAUCGGUAUUUCAAUAUGAAAUUUGUAAUGGCGAAAGAUGACGCCCUACAAGAAACUUCGAAGCUUUUUGAAAAUAGGAGAAUAAAUGUCAAACUUGAGCAAAUUGUUGUCCGUGAGCAUAUCAAUUAUAUUGACUGCAAUUCCAAAGACAAUUUUAUCGGUGGUAGCGUACGAUUUCCAGCAUUUUACUGA